AGGAACUUGUUAUCCUUGAUAUGUAUUUAUAUGUUUUCAGAUUGCCAGAUUCUUUGCUUGAAUCUAGCAGCGACUAACAAUAAUGGCUCCUCCGCGUCGGUUACACAUCUCAACCUUUGUGCUGCUUGUUUUUGCUAUUUUCUCGCUCUCUCAUCCGAUCAGAGCUACUGAUGAGAAAGGGCAACUUCUUCAAGAUCUCAACAAAUACCGGGCAUCCUUAAAUCUGUCAACCUUGAAAGAGAACAAAAAUGCAGACUGCUUUGCAGAUCAAAUGGCUCAGCAAUAUAAGUCACAACCCUGUACCAACACUACGGGUUCUGACACUGUUCCAGGCACCGAGACGCAAUUUUCCAACUAUCCGGACCUUCUGGCCAACUGCAAUCUUAACACAACCGACACAAGAGAUGGAAUGGUAAUGCCUGCUUGCGUUCCUAACUUGGACCCAAGUCUUGUACUCUCCAACUAUACAGAGUCCCAGUACAAUGGUUAUCUCAAUGACAGCAAAUAUACCGAAGCUGGCAUUUCUUCUGAAGGAAACUGGGUUGUUGUCGUUCUGACCACAGACACAUCUGGAGGGAAUUUUGCGCCUGAAACCAGCUUGGCUCCCAAAAUUGGUGUAACCUGCACUUCUCUGAGUUUACUCUUGGGCUUCUUUCUUGUUUUGGUGAGUUAUAAGUUAAUAUGAAUCCUUUGAUUUAUAUCCUCAGAUUUUUCCUUUUUCACUUAU